UUCAACUCCAAUCAAAAGCUAAAAAUUUAAGUGAAAAUCGAACAACAAAUUUUGUUGUAUUCUCUUAUUAAAAGCAAAGGAAAUAAAAUUUUAGUGACAAUGCGCCCGCUUCCGACUUUAUGGCGUAUGGCUGAGGAAAUGCAGCGUUUGGCAUUUCCGCGACGAUCUCCAUUUUCUGCAUUCUACGACGAUUUCUUCAACAGUCACAAUACCUAUUUCCCAUGGAAUCGUUUAAGUCGAUUACAACAGGAAUUGGAAAACGAUGUGGUACCAAAAGUGGGCAAGGAUGGCUACCAAGUAUCAUUGGAUGUAGCGCAAUUUAAGCCAAAUGAAUUGACCGUCAAGGUGGUGGAUAACAAUGUAGUCGUAGAAGGAAAGUACGAUGGACGUGAGGAUGAGCAUGGCUUCAUUUCGAAGCAUUUUGUUCGUAGUUUUAGUCUGCCACGAGGUUAUAAAGCCGAACAGGCCAUGUCGACGCUUUCAUCUGAUGGCAUCUUAACGGUGAAUGUUCCAAAGCCCGCUGGAUUGGAGGAUAAGACAGCAGAACGAGUUAUUCCUAUACAUCAGACUGGUCCGGCACAUUUGAAUGUAAAAAAUAAUGCGCCAGUUGAGGAUAAGAGUGCUGAAAAGAAGGAUACAAAUUAAGAAAAACUUGUCGCAAGUUGCUAAAAUGUUUAGAGAUACAUAUUUUAUAUUUUUCGCUAA